AUGCGUGACACUGAAGUGAGUUUCUCUGUCGGUGCAGACACCGGGGACGGGUCGCGUGCGGCGCCCGCGGACACCGCUUCAAUGCCGGUGUUAAAAGGUACCAAGAGGGUGCAAUUUGUCAGGAACUUGAUUAGGGAGGUUGCUGGAUUCGCUCCCUAUGAGAAACGUAUCACUGAGCUUCUUAAGGUUGGAAAGGACAAGCGUGCACUCAAGGUCGCCAAGAGAAAGCUUGGUACUCACAAGAGAGCAAAGAAGAAGAGAGAGGAGAUGUCAAGUGUCCUUAGGAAGAUGAGGUCUGCUGGUGGUGGUGGUGCUGGUGACAAGAAGAAAUAGAGAUGGG